CUUGAAAAUAGCGUAUACGCUGACGCCUGCACAUCUGGAUUCAAAGGGAUUUCAAAAAAUGAAUGUCUUAUUAGCUUUCCAGCUUCUUCCCAAGCCUGUGAGUACCGCAAUGGAAGCCUUGAAGGAUGAUCCCAGAUACCUGGAAUUGAACAACUCAUUACCAACGAUCCAAUUAAUCGAAAUGGUCGACAAUUUAAUACACGCGAUGACGUCGCGUACUUCAUGGGAUGCAUUGUAUGGCGGAGACAGCUGCACAGCGACGAAGGCAAUCAAGGACUUUUUGGAAUUUUUCGGAAAAUGGGAAAACUUUGCAAAAUCCAACAACGUUCCGUUUCCCGUAUCGUCUAGUACCCUUACGGGUUUAAAAGUGAGGCUGAGAAGUACACUGGAACUGUUGGAAUUUCCACAAAGGAAUUGUGAUUUCCAGUAUUUGAUGUCUCGUCAAUCAUGAAUGCACUCGAGCGACUUUUCGGCAUCUUACGCUACUGUUGCGGCGGGGGCGACCACCCUGAUCCUGUGACAUUCAUGCAUGUAAUUCGUC